AUGGGUCCGUCUUCUCCGCUGCUCUUCUGCUUCUUCUUCUCGUUCGUCGCCUUUUCUCUGGCAUCUGAACCAAGCCAGGAGACAGAAAGGGGAUCUAAACUCACAACCUUCUUCCUUCUCUUCUUCCUGGUCCUUAUCGCUCUUAUCUUGGUUCUCUUUCUGCGACUAUGCAGGAGUACCGCCAUCAUGGCCGUCCGCAGCAGCACCGCCCGUGCUGGUCGUGUUCAAGUGGUCCGUUCCGAGACUCUUCAACCGCCACCCGCUGGUAUCAGGAAGGAGGUCAUCAAUUCCCUGCCCGUUUUCCAGUUCGCGUCGUUCCCGGCGGGAUCGAGCGCCGGCGCGGAAUGCGCCGUUUGCCUUGCUGGAUUUGAAGACGCCGAUCUGCUCCGCGUGCUGCCCAAGUGCAGGCACGCGUUUCACAUGGGCUGCGUAGACAAAUGGCUGGAGGGCCACGAGAGCUGCCCUGUCUGCAGGCAGAGUGUUGAGGCACAGGACAUCUUGUCGUUGGACAUCUCUCCUCGUGACAGUAACACAAAGCAAGAUGAUUCAGGUCAUGCGCCGGCUGCUGUUUCUGGUUCGGAACACAGAAUCACAGUUUCAUGAGAUGCAAACUGCGGUAAUCUUCUCUAGAUGG